UCGUGGGAAGUCCUUCGCAAGGACAGACAAACGUCAAGUUUCGUGUAAAUUACUCGGUCGGAAAGUUGUCGGCAUAUUUAGUGGUGUUAAAAUCUUAUUUUGUGAAGAUUUUCCAGAUUUUAACACAUCAAAAGUGCGAAAAGUGAAACACACGGGUUGGAUUAGUUCCUGUUAUCGAUACAACAGCUUGGAAAAAAGGGCUUUUGAUGUCUGGUGCGGUAGUGUUUCAAGCAGUUUAUAUCGUGUAUUACCAAUAGGCCGAAUAAAAUGAAAACAAAAAAAAAACUCGUCGAAGCUGGGUAAUCGAUUGCGGUGGUUGCAGAACUUACGGAACGGUAGUAUUGGAUUGAUCCAACUAUGGAUAGCUUUGCCUUUGUGUAUGGCUUAAAGGAGUUGGAAAUAGUUUGAGAACAAUCUCAAUAAACGAUGAGCAACAAUGGACCGGGGGUUACGAACCCCAUGUUGUACGACCCUCCGGAGGGUCAAUCCUCUAAUUCUAAGUUGAUGCAGUUCGUGGCUGGCGUUGGGGUUUCAAUCGCCGCUAUCAGUGCAGGGACGGCCCUCGGAUGGACUUCGCCAGUUCUGCCGCAACUGGCCCUUCCCGAAGCCGGGAACGAUUCUGUGGCGGUGCCUGCCAGCGCUAACAAUACCGACGGCGAUUCGGGCUUCUAUCUGACGGCCGAUCAAGGUUCAUGGGUGGGCGCCUUCCUGGCAGUGGGCGCCUUCUGCGGUGCCCUUCCGGCCGGAUACCUGGCGGAAAAAAUCGGCCGCAAGUACACCACCAUGUCGCUGGCGCUGCCCUAUCUGGUGAGCUGGGCGUUGAUCAUCUUUGCGUCCGGGGCGGAGAUGCUGUACGCCGGACGAUUCGUGAUCGGUAUCGCAACGGGAGCUUCCUGUGUGGUGGCACCGAUGUUCAUCUCCGAGAUUGCCGAGACGUCGAUUCGUGGGGCGCUGGGUGCGUUCUUCCAGCUGUUUUUGACGGUGGGAAUUCUGUUCGUGUACGCCGUUGGACCGUACACGUCCUGGACAACGCUGAGCGUGCUGUGCGCAGCGUUCCCGGUGCUGCUGAUUCUGGCCAUGCUGGUCAUUCCGGAGAGUCCAACGUAUCUGGUGAAACAGGGUCGCCGCAGCGAUGCCGCCGUUGCUCUCAAGUGGUUCUGGGGCCCGAAUUGCAACACACAGAAUGCCGUCGAAACCAUCCAGAGCGAUUUGGAUGCCGUCAAGGGUGAAGCCAAGGUGUCGGACCUCUUUACCAAAACCACCAAUCGGAAUGCUUUGUUCAUUGCACUGUUGCUGAUGUUCUUCCAGCAGUUCUCCGGCAUCAAUGCGGUCAUUUUCUACACGGUGCCCAUCUUUAAGUCUGCCGGCAGCACUAUGGAUCCGGCUAUUUGCGGAAUUGUGGUCGGCGUUGUGCAGGUGUUGAUGACCUUCGUUUCGUCGGUGUUGAUCGAUAAGGCCGGUCGUAGGAUUCUGCUGCUGCAGAGCAGCUUCAUCAUGGGCUCGUGUUUAGUCGUUCUGGGGGUGUACUUCAAGCUGCAGAAUGACAAGGCAGAUGUAUCUGGAAUUGGAUGGCUUCCGCUGGCAUCGGUAGUGCUGUUUAUCAUCAGCUUUUCAUUAGGCUUCGGGCCGAUUCCAUGGAUGAUGAUGGGCGAGUUGUGCGCCGCGGAUGUUAAAGGGCUGGCUUCGGCCCUCACAGUCAUGUUCAAUUGGUCGCUGGUGUUCCUGGUUACGAAGACAUUCGGUACCAUGCAGGAAGUGCUCGGUUCGGACUGGACGUUCUGGUUCUUCGGCUUCUGGAUGGCGGUGUGUACGUUGUACGUAUUCUUCAAGGUGCCGGAGACGAAAGGCAAAACCAAUGCCGAAAUUCAGGCAUUACUCGGCGGAAAGAACUAAACCAAGAGACUGGCAGCACUUAACUCUAAAUGUAGCUUCUAUGCUGUGUACUAGCAUGUACUUUCGAUGUUUCGAGAGAUAGAAAGAGGGCGCUAUAAUUGUACAAUUAUGCAUGUUAUGAGGCCCGAUAUGGCGCAAUCUUUAGUUAGAGAGAAUUAAGCUAACCACCAAAAGAGCAAUCAGAGUAUCGAAAAAUUGGGAUAACAUAUUCUGUCAAAACUAGCCAACUAAAAAGAUGACGCGAGCAAUCCGCUUUGCAGGAUUGUUGAGUUAUGUAAAUAUUGUUUUCAUUUUUCCAUAAGUUCAAUCGUAAUUUUUAAGCAAUCAAGCUUAUUGGCUUUUUAAGUGUUUCAGCCCGAUAUUAUUUAUUUAUUGGUUUUGUAAUACGUUAUUUGCAAGGUCUAUUUGCCAAUUAUUAUGGCUAAGCGUAAACGUUGUCCGUGAAAUAAUAAUAAUUAAUUUUACUUUAAUGUUCUUCUAAAUUUUACAAUUUUAACUACAUAUAAAUAGACGUAACCGAAUUAAGUUAAAAUAUAUUAAAGAAAGGGUGUAAGCUUAGUCAAACGAGUCCAUGAAACAAAGAGUUUCAAUCAUAUCAGUUUUGUUUAAAUAUUAAUAAAAAAACGAAUACAACACUGGACUGCACUGAACAGUAACAAAGAAAAAUACCUCCGGAUAAACUUCCAAUUCUCCCUCUUAAAUCAGAAUAAAAUCUCACCACUUUACAGCAGAUGGGAACUAAUUUUAAAGUGCCAUACACGUUCGUUACAUCAGAACAUCGGACUCGAAACACACUAUUUACAUCACAUAACCUAAUAGAACCCAUUAUAACGACACAAAUAUCCAAAUCAGUAACCUUUAUAACCGGUUAGAAUAGUCGGCAUGGCCUCCUUUGAUACAUGAGAAAACGGUCGAAAUUCAAACAAGAAAACUAUUUAUUCGUUGAUGAACAACAUUUGUGUAAAAUUUCAUGUCCUAUCAUGACACACCCAUGCUGCAAACCAGCCCUAGACGAAUUGUUGAUUUAGUUAUAAACAUAUUUACAAACCACAACUGGCAUAGAACUAGUUCAAUGAGAUUAAGGAUUUUGCGGGAAGCGCCGCCGUGUGUCGGCGAGAACGUUCCCGAAGACUAUGAAUAAAGUUAAAUGGAAUAUG